AUGAGUGUUCGUACAAUCAGACCCACUUUUAGGAUACUCAAUUCUGCAAUCAGGACACAAUCGCUCAAGAAAAAUUUUAUUGGGCCUAAAUCCGGAAUAUUUUUGCCAGCUUAUAGCUUUUUAGGUGAAAGAAAUUUCCAUAUCAGUAGCAUCAGAAUCCAGCAGCAGCAAAAUCAACAACAACAACAACAACAGAAAAAGAACAGAUCAACAGGUCCUAACCUGUUUUUACGUAUAAAAAAUGCUGUCACUUUCACUGCAUCCACUGCCUUAGUGAUUGGAGCCCUUGGGUUAGCAGGAAUAUCAUUAUAUCUGCUGUUCUCAGAAUUGUUCCUUCCUUCUGGAGACACCACUACUUUCAACCAUGCUGUUACGAUGGUUGAAAAGGACCCGGGAGCUCAAAAACUAUUACAGAUCGACCCCGGCACAAGAUUGAAGGCUUAUGGUGAGGCAACAGGAGAUAAGUGGACACGCAAUAGACCUUUGAGAACAUCAAGAAGAAUAGGAAAAGACGGUUAUGAGAGAAUUUUGAUGAGAUUCCACGUUGAAAGUGAUAAUCAAGUUGGUGUGGUAUCUUUAGAGGCUGUUGAUAAAACAGUGUUUGAUCAAGAGUUUGCUUACGUCUACUUGGAUGUUCCAGGUAAGAAGAGACAUUAUAUUAUUUCGCCUCAGUUGCCUCAGAAGACUCAAAAUACCGGAUUUUUAGGAGUUAAAUGGGGCCCUAAGAGUAAUUAG